AGGUCCAUCAAGUCUAGCAGGACCAGCACGUGUAGCAAGUCCGACAAGUCUAGCAAGUCCAUCAAGUCUAGCAGGUCCAUCAAGUCUAGCAGGUCCGACAAGUCUACCAGGUCCAGCAUGUCUAGCAGGUCCGACAAGUCUAGCAGGUCCAGCAUGUCUAGCAGGUCCGACAAGUCUAGCAGGUCCAGCAUGUCUAGCAGGUCCGACAAGUCUAGCAGGUCCAGCACAUCUAGCAGGUCCAUCAAGUCUAGCAGGUCCAGCACAUCUAGCAGGUCCAACACGUCUAGCAGGUCCAACAAGUCUAGCAGGUCCAGCAUGUCUAGCAGGUCCGACAAGUCUAGCAGGUCCAGCACGUCUAGCAGGUCCAGCACGUGUAGCAGGUCCAACACGUCUAGCAGGUCCGACAAGUCUAGCAGGUCCAGCACGUCUAGCAGGUCCGACAAGUCUAGCAGGUCCAGCGUGUCUAGCAGGUCCGACAAGUCUAGCAGGUCCACCACGUCUAGCAGGUCCGACAAGUCUAGCAGGUCCGGCACGUCUAGCAGGUCCAGCACAUCUAGCAGGUCCAUCAAGUCUAGCAGGUCCGACAAGUCUAGCAGGUCCGACAAGUCUAGCAGGUCCAGCACGUCUAGCAGGUCCAACACGUCCAGCACGUGUAGCAGGUCCAACACGUCUAGCAGGUCCGACAAGUGUAGCAGGUCCAGCACGUCUAGCAGGUCCGACAAGUCUAGCAGGUCCAGCGUGUCUAGCAGGUCCGACAAGUCUAGCAGGUCCACCACGUCUAGCAGGUCCGACAAGUCUAGCAGGUCCAGCACGUCUAGCAGGUCCAGCACGUCUAGCAGGUCCGGCACGUGUAGCAGGUCCAACACGUCUAGCAGGUCCGACAAGUCUAGCAGGUCCAGCGCGUCUAGCAGGUCCGACAAGUCUAGCAGGUCCAGCACAUCUAGCAGGUCCAUCAAGUCUAGCAGGUCCAGCACAUCUAGUAGGUCCAUCAAGUCUAGCAGGUUCCAGCACGUCCCAUCGGUGUGUCUGCUUACUGAAAGAUGGUUUUUAUAA